GAAGAGGGCAGUAGCGGAUGAUGGGGAUCAGGAGCGCCAAAGAAAGAUGACGAAGAUUGCGAAGAUGCAGCAGCAGGCCAGGAUUCCGCACCGGUACAAGCCGGGCAGUACCGGAAAUAAUUCCAAUGGUUUUUAGCGCGGUUCUCUCGUUGUCAGAUUUUCGGAAUACCUAUGUGCAUGGCUAUGGUUAGUUGUUAACCGAGAGGCAACAUCAGCCAUCUCCUCGACGCCUUCCGAAAAUAAAAAUAGCCGUUGAACCGCACCGGAAGCAGGAAGCUUGAAGCGCUCGACGCCGGCUGCACAGAAUGACAUCGGAUAUGCGUGCGCAGCAGCCCCUUCGGGGUGCUUCAGUGCCGAUGGGGGAUGCCCUCGACUCCGCCAACGGACACGGAGACGGGGGUCAGUUUGUCACGCGCAGUCGACCAGUCAGUUUCUACGACAAUUUCAAGGACGUACCAGCGAUGCCGCCGUGCGUUUCGUCGGCCGUCAGCGCGGGGAAUUUGAAUCAGGUUGCACGAGACGAAGGAUCAUUGCCGAUGUCGCGGAACAGCCGCGUGAGCAGUGCGGUCAGCGCCGGAAACGUGGCGAGGAUCCAGAGUCCAAAAGUAAUCGGUGCCGUAUCGACGGGGCAUAUCGGGAAGAUCUUCCGCCUCGAAAAGGAAAAGGGGGAUCCUCAGCUCGGGCGUGCACCUUCAAUGGCGACUUGCCUGUCGACUACCGUCCCGGUCAACCUGACCACGUCGCAGAUCGCCGGCCGGCACACACCCACCCGGAACUCCCUCAGGCAUAGCCGGAUGAUCGUGAUGAACAGGACCGGAAACGCUCCACGCAGAUCCCAGGCACCGCUGCUGUUGCACCGGGUGCUCGCCAGGUGUCUGGCUGCAAUUCAACUGAUCCUUGGUAUAGCAGUGACGUCAUUGGCGCUCUGGUUCCUGGUGUGGGCGCCAAACCUGCCGAUAACCGAUAUCCCCUACUGGAGUGGAAUCCCCCUCCUGCUCUCCGGAUGCUUCGGAUCCCUGCUGCUGUGCUGUUUCAAAAACGAGUAUACCGGUUCGAGUCGUGGAUUUUGCAUAUCCUCAGCGAAGGUCCUCAGCGUCUUUCUGUCGGGGCUUGCGACUCUGGCGGGCAUCGUCGCCUGCGUCUCUUCCUCCAUGCAUCUCGUCCGUUUGGCCCGUACCGAUUGCACUCCUCGAGACCUAAACGACACAUGCUCGUGUCGUCCUCGGGGCAAUUUCACCGUCACUCCUGAACCGAUUCUUCGGUACGCCGACCUCAGCUGUCCAGAGGUUGAGAGCAUCCUGGCGAUACUUUUAAUAUUUUCGGCAACUUGCAAUGGUCUCGGCGCCAUUAUCGCUGGGUGGUACUGCUACCUUCAUUGGAACACGACGACGGACUCCAGGGAUAAAGGGAACAAGUACACCCAAGUCAGAACCGGCCCUGUGCCGGGCCACAACCUUACCAGACCGAUUUACAAUCCGAAUUUAAACGGACGAUGACUGAGAGAGACUAGUGCGUGAAUUUUUUUCAUUCAUUCACUCUUUGUCAUCGCAUGUCUCUGUCGCAAUACUCUUCGCGACGUAUGAAAGCGAACGAUGUGAAAAAGAGAAGACGAACUUUGAUCGUGAUGGUUCGCACAUUGACUCUACUUAUAAUGGAGUUGCAUUUUCCAGGACAUACGGUCGUGUAUUUUUUAUUUAUAUACUUCGAUACGGGGUGGGAUAAAAUUGAAUCGAUGUAACAUGAUUUUGGGAAACGAACGUCUGUACCUCAUAUUUUAAGAUUUUUUUUUACCAGUUUUAGAACAAUUCGCUCCUUGCGA